CCUAGGUCAAGCAUGGAUGAAGACAGACAAAGCAACGAAGGCUCCUCACAUCAUUUUGAUGACUAGGAGGUUUAAUGAGGUAUCGCAGCUUGUUGUGUCUGAGAUUGUGCGACGGUCCAAUAUAAAUGCGCGGAUCAACGCAAUCGAGAAGUGGGCCGCUGUCGCGGAUAUAUCCCGCUGUCUUCACAACUUCAACGGUGUCCUCCAAGUCUGCGCUGCUUUCACCAACAGCUCUGUCUUCAGACUAAAGAAGACGUGGGAGAAGGUGUCGAAAACUACUAAACAGACGAUAGAGAAGCUGCAGAACAUCGUAUCGUCGGACGGCCGGUUCCGUAACCUGCGAGAUGCUCUGCACCGUUGUGACCCACCCUCCAUCCCCUACCUGGGCAUGUACCUCACCGACCUAUCCUUCAUCGAGGAGGGAACACCCAAUUUCACUGAUGAUGGACUACUCAACUUCUCCAAAAUGAGAAUGAUUGCCCACGUUAUUCGUGAGAUACGCCACUACCAGCAAACGCCGUACAAAAUAGACCUCAUCACCAAGGUCACCAACUAUCUACUGGACCCUUCCUUGUUGCUGGACGAUGAUGAGUUGUACCAGAUGUCGCUAGAGAUCGAACCCCGGACUUCCCGGCUCAGUGUGGCCAACAUUGCAACCACACUCCCCAAUCCUCCUCGUGCUUGAGAGCCUGCCUCCUUCCGAAGGUUCAAGUUUCAGCUCUGAGAAUCAAUUCCGGGCCUCUCAGAAGAGGUUUUGAAUGUCCUUAGAAAUUACUUAUGAGCAGUCUAAAUCGAUCUGAAACAUUGCUACGUUUAAUUUUAUCGAAAAGAACAAAAGUCUAUUAGAUUUAAAACCCAAUUCAAACUAACCCUCAAGCUGGCUAUCAAUUCCUCUACACUCACACACAAUCUUUAGCCUUAUUAAAAUUUAUAUUGCAUCAUUUUAGAAUGGUUCAAAGAAUACUCUAUGGCUCUAUUCUGUUUCUAUAUCCUUUAAUAAUGCUGGAUAAUGUUUCUAUAUUUUUUGUGAUUACGUGACAUAUUAUUUACAUGUGAAAGAUUUUUACAAAUUUUGAAGUAAUUAAUAAAUACAAAUUUGGUAAUUAUCGAUCAAAUAUAUUGUAAUAAAAAUAUAAUUUUUAAACCCAGAGGACUUUUCAUUGAUAAAAUUCAUUUUUAUCGAGGUUAACAACACAGCCUGUAACAUGUACUGACUAAUAUGUGAAUAAUUUAGAUAAAGUAUUACGUAUAAUCUAUAUUAUUUGUUUUAACAAUGCACAAAAAAAUUCUUCGUUGCCUGUAAUGCAAUAAAAUUGUUUGCUAGUCACAACUAUUCAUUAAAAUUGCUAUAAGUAUACAAAAUACUAGUAUGGUAAAAAUAAAAGAAAUAAUGAAAACUGGUUUAAUUCAUUUGGGUGGUUGUUCUUCACUUAAAUGAUAAUUAUUUCCAACUGAAACAUUCCAGACAUACAAAGAAAAGCUUGAUUUCUGUAACAUCAACUAUUUAUAGUAUACAAGGCAGUUCCUGGUACAGAACAGGCUCCGUUGCCGUGGUACACAUAUCCGUUGCCAGCUUGAGGGUAACAAACUACUGUACAAACUUAUCCUUCCUCUUUUACACUAAAUCUAGGGGCUACCUAAAAAGACUGAUCUACAAAAAAGUUAACUCUACAUAAUAUUUGCAUUGUAAAUUUGAAACACUGUAUUCUAGUAACUUUAGGAAUUAAGAAGAGGAAAUGUCAGUAGCGUUUGAACAAUAAAAGCUCUAUAUGUAGCUACAAAACAUUUCAUGAAAGGAUAAUAAAAUUGGUAUGUUCUUUUAAAAAUCCAUAAAUAUCGGUAUCAUUUAUGAAAUGUUCAGAUAUCAGUUAAACCGAUCUGAAUAGUUUGUUAUGUUGAGAAACCUCUUCUUGGACGGUCCAUAAGUUAAAAAUGUCUGGAGUAAUUUAAAAAAUAUUUCAAAUUUUCUCAAAUUUAUUAUCAACUACUACUGGUAUACAGUUUCUUAAUAAUAUUGCAAAUUGUACAUUUGAGCACAAUCAAUUGUUAAGAUAGUUUCGGUAGACUAGCUAGUUUUAAGGUAAAAUCAUUUUAAAAGUCGUAGAAGUUGAUCAGAUUAAUAGCUUUGUAGGUAAAUGCACAGGAGGAAGCCCUGUUUGUAUAAUUGUUUAUAUUUACAAAAAGUUUUAUGCAGUGCAUUUUAUAACAUAUGUACAUGCUUUAUAAAUGAAUAUAAAUGUGUAAUAAUUUAAAAGAACUUGAUAUCGGUUGGCUUUACAUAUUUUUAGAACAUUUGAUUUUGAAGACACCAUAAUUUUAUGUUAAAAUAGUAUUAAGUACAUAGAAAGUGGAGAGAUUUAAAGUUGUUUAAAACUUGUAUUAUUAUUAUUAUUAUGGUUUUAACUUAACACUACCCUCUCCAAAAUUCCACUUUAGAUCAAUUUGGUGUGAUUGCACAUUGGUGUAAGGCAGCUCUAAUAAUAUAAUAAUUGAUUGAUGAUUGUGUUUGUUUCCCUAAAAACCAUUUCGAAAUCAUCAAAGUUUUCUGGUUGAAGACGUAUUGAAAUAGUGUUGACUCAGUUAGAAUCUUGAACUAUUUCAGCUUUGCUGUGGCGAUUCAUCUUCAGUGAAUAGAUGUAAAACCAAAAUUGAAAACCAGUAGCGAACACAACGCGAUAUAAUUGAAGUUUUGGUGUAUUUGAGAUUUGACUUUAAAUCACUACCAUAAGGUUACUAAGAAUACAACAUUAAUUAAAUAAUUAGUCUAAUGCCAAAAUGUGAAAUUACACUUAUCCCUUUAUAUAGCCUACCGAGCAAUAAAUUCCGUUUCCACAUGGUAAAGGAGUUUUGGAUAGUUCAUUCUCCCAAGGUGUUAAUUGCAUAUUAAAAACAUCUUUGAAAAUAAAUAAUUUGUAUGCAAAUGGCUUGUGCCAUCUCACAAAUUUUCAAAACGUAAGCAGCAUUAUUUUUUAGACAAAACCUAAUGUUUAGACCAGAAAAAGUGACUUUAUAGGUGAAAGUCAUGAUCAUGGUGAAAUCAAUGAAAUCAUAAAACUGAAAACAAAAGAGGAAAAGUUGUUUGGGAAAUAUUUAUACAAAAAUCGGACCUAAAUGCAGUUUCUAUUGUACAUUGUGUACUGAAAUUUAUCCAAAAUCUACAAUCAUGUUUUUAUAAAUUCCCAUCAAAAUUUGAUUUUUGGAUCAUAUAAACAUGGAAGAAUGUGAAAUUUCACUGGGUUGUUAAAUCUUUUUAUUUAAAAAUAUAUAUCUCUCAAACAAUACAAUACUUCUGUAAAAAAAUCACAUUUUUAGUUUCAGUAUCAACUCCGGAUAGAAACUAAAUUGGAAUGAUUGCUUAAUUUUCUUAAGACUAUGAAUUUAAUUAUUGAAAACUUUAUUUAGGAUUCUAUAGUUGAGUCAAGUUUUAACUAGAACACAAUUGAAAAAGUACUAAACUUUUGUUGCUACAUCAGUGUAUCCUACCUGUGCAAGUACCUAUUUGUUAGAUUUGCUAGGUCAAACCGAACUUUCUAAUGUUGUCAAAUUUAGUCUCUAGCUAAUGUUAUAGCUUCAUUGAUAGUAUCUUUAGACAUUUUCAUAUCAUAUCCUCAACAAAAAAGAUAAUAAAAUAAAACUCCCAGGCUAGAGCUUUUCAACUGCCAUUUGAAGUUAUCGUAACCUCCCCACCAUUGUAUUUAUAACAAACAUAUCUAAAUAGUAAUGUUUGAUUUCCUUAGGUGAUAUUUACAGGUAUCGUUUCGACUGUGAUAUUGAAGUUCAUGACAUUUUGUUCACCUUAAAAAAAGUUUGAGAAGUGAUUUGUUAUCUAGUAGAGUUUUAACCCUUUGUCUUUUUGCAGAUAUUGUUAUUAUAAUGACCAGGACCAUCAUAUUGAUAUAGAUCGCACAAUUUUUAUAUGUAUCUUUAGAUAGACAGUUAGGUGUUUCACUCUAAUUGAAUGUUUAUUUUAAUAUAUCAAUUAAUUUUUGUUUCUAAUUAAUUUUCUUUAAUACGAAGGCAGAAUAUUUGUUUUAAUGAUUUUUUUUAUUGUUAUUAGUUAUUUCUUUAUACAGCUGCCUUCACUCUCCAAAGGAGACUGGCCAAUUCAGAAAAUAUAAGAGAGGUUUAUGCGCAAAACCAGUUUUUUGUUCUAUGAACACAUUUUACAUUUCUUUAAAGGCAUCUGAAUGGAGUGUACGUAUGUCAUGGAAAAAAACACAUAUACUAAAGGAAGCUCAAAAGUUGCCAUAAUAACCCUGCUCAGGGAGGGGUGUACAUUGCAUUGGCGAAACACAGAAGAAAUGGCUUGAUGUGGCGCCUUCCUUCCCAGAUGCUAAUCAUUAUUGCUGCUAUAAAAAUUACUAGAGCAGCCCACACCAAAAUAGUCUGAAGACAUAUGAGGCAGUGUUGCCAUAUUGCUGAACUCAAGCAUUAUGAGGGGUCUAAGGUCACUACUCUCGGUUUUAUUUACAUGUUUGCAAAGUAGAAUUUGUAACAACUGAUGUUUGUUUAUUUGCAACAGAUGAAGAGACUGAUUAAUUUUUCUAUUCAUAAAAUUGGCAACAUUGUUGGGGCAUAGGAGGAUUUAGAUGCACCUACCACUGCAAUAUUUGUCAUCCACAUUCCCUUCAAGAAACUAAGGGGCAACAUAAUAGAGACUUUGAUGUCUUUUGCUAUUUCGUAUUGGCCUAACACCAAUACCAACCAGCUUUAAUUGAUUCUUUCUUUCAAUAUUUGAUGACAGGUUCAUAAGCCUCAAAUCAAACUCAUAGCCUUGGCUGUGUAAGGGACCCAAUAUGUCAACUCCCUUAAUUUCUUCAAAUUUUGAAUAUAUGCCUUAUUUGAAGUUUCUUAUAAGUUAUCUAUUUUUCUUUUACUGAUCAUUUUAUUAAAGCAACUGAAUCAUGCUUUUGUUUCUGCCACACUUCCAACUAAACUAUGCAGUGCAGUUAUUGAUACACACUGUUGUAUAACCACCAUGAAUCUCAUUCAUCUACCCAUUAAGAACUUUACCAUUUUUCAAUAUGAAGGAGAUAAAACUUAUAAGCCCACAGGAUUUGAGCAGAGGAUGUACCUAUUUCUCUAUCUCCUAAUGCACACAACUAAGGUUCUUCCUCACGACUUCGGAAUACACUUUAAGUAUAAAUUUAGUAUAAAAGUGAAAAAUUGUGUCUCCAACAGCAGAUAUGGUACUGUCCAUUUCUAUCUGUUGUUACUUGGUUUUUAUUCCUUGUUUCAAGUUUGUUUUUGACAAUAAAGGUGUGUACAGAAGUUUUCCGGACAUUUGAUGUUGUCCAGGGGUGUGAAAAAUCAGUAAUACUCUAUUUCGAUAUCUAUAAUCUGAUCUCUUCUUUAAAGGAAUAGGUAAUCUAACACAUAGCAACAAGCUAGUUGGAAAUAAACAAAAAAUACCAUAAGAAUUGUAACAUAAGUAUGUCACAAAUAACAGCAGAAUGUUGAAUAAAUUCCUUGCACACUAUUUUUUAAACAGUCACUUAAUAAAACUAGCACUAAUUAUUAUAAACUGAAUUAACCAAUGUAGGUUACAAGAUGCCUCCUUGUAUAAAGAACCACUAACAACCAGCCAAUGGUUAAUAGUAAAUGGUAAUCUUCAUGGCAGAAACGAGAUCGUUGAAAAAAUCUGGAAACGGAGUGGUCCUUUUCAUUGUUGGUGUAUUCUAGAUAAACUUCUUAAAACCAUUCUGUAACCCUGCAUAGAUCUAUUUGAGCUCCGUAUUCUGUUUGGUUGCUAUUAUUUGGUUUCGUUGUUAUGAGAUUUUAGCUAUGAGUGAUAUGUGUUUUUUUAAAUGGUUAUAAUGUACUUUUUACCAACUCUUGUAAUUUUCUUUAAUAAUUCUGGCACAAAAAAGAUUGACAUAAAUCCAAAUUUAUCUCCUGUUUUCAUUUCUUCACUCAAGAGUGUUUCUUGUGUUUCGUUUAUAACUGACAGAGUACUCAUUCUGUCCAAGAUGCAAUUCUACUUUCUCAAUUCUCUCUUAAUCUAUCACUAUAAACUCUGCUCUGUUAAAAAUGAGUAGCCAACCUUUCCUUCUUGGUGAGAAUUUUUGGUUUGAAUGAUGGUUUAAAGACUUUCUGUGUGUGAUUUAUUUCAAAAAAUUGUCAGGUGGAUGGAAAGAGAAAUGCUAUAAUUUAUACAAAAAUUAUUCAGUUUAGCGUCCUUAUGAGAAAAAAACAAAACAAAACAAAAGUAUCAUGCACUAAAUGUUGUUUGAACUGAGCUAAAGUUAAGCCAUUGCUUGUACUAGAAGAUUAGUCCUUUCAUUUAAUGUUUGGUCUUUCUGAGAUAUGAUUCAGUAAUUCUGACUUGGUACUUUUGUGAAUAGACUCAACAUAACAACUUUCUAGUAUUGGUUUCAGUUCAUUUAAAAAAUAUUGACUUCUCUACAAAGUCCAUAGAAUUUUUAAUAAACUUGCUUAAUUGUUAAAUGUGAUAAUUGCUAUUUACUGUUGGCUAUUGGUCAUCAGUUACCAGAUAUUUGUCAUUGUGGCCUGUAUUAUUUAGAUACAUUUAUAAUAGUUAAUGAUUUUUAUUGAUUUCAAAAGUGGCACUCAUUGUACAAACCUCACAUGACUCUUACAUAGGGAGUCCUUCGAUGGUUUUUCCAUGAGUUUAAAAAUGGUGGCUCCCAGUCAGGUUGGUUUGACAUCCUCCAGAAAUUGAGUUUGCAGCAGUAUCUUUCUCUUAGAUGAGAGCGCUACACAAUCAAAGAGGAUAUGCUCAGCAGUUUCAGUUUCCUGGCUGCAAAGAUGACAUAAAGAUUCAUCGUUAUAGAACCCUAUCUUUGUCAAAUGACUUUUAAGUGGCCAUGUUCAGUAAGGACAAUUAAUGUUAGUAAUCUAUUAUCAAAUGCAUGUUUUAGUGAUAGUAUGCAUGGUGUUGACACCACAUAUUUGCUGUGAUUCCUGACUUAUGCUUGUCACAACUUCUGGUAUGAUUUGUUUAUUUUAACAUAGAUUGUAGUUAUAUGCUAGGUUUGUAAUUCACCUGAGGAAGAGAUCAGAUUGCAGACCUCGAAAUGUUGUAUUACUGAACGAUGGCAAAUGUCCAAAUAAAUCCUGUUUCCUUCACAAACCUUCAUUAAAACUUCAAACAAAGAACUGAUCAUUCAUUUGUAAAAGCAGUGUUGCGCAUUCCUGUUUUUUAUCUUUACUUUUGGAAAUGAAAUGGGAGAUCCAGUGUCAUAAUUAUCGUCUAAGUUGUCCUGGUUUACAAAGCACUGAAACAUUGUUAAUACAAUUCAAUCCUUGAAAUAUUUACUUCGGCCUUGAUGUGAAGUGCUACCUAACUAAACAAGGCUCUUUACAGUGAGGUUGAAAUAUUUAUAGAAUCUAAUUGCGUUAAAUUCCUUCCGAUGCUGAGUAGGCCUAAACCAUAAAGCUUAGAUGAAAUUAAGAAAGCUGUGUACUUCUUUGCUAAAAACGACCUUUGCAAUUGAGUUGGAAGUGCAUUGUCAUGAUGAAGCAACCUUUCUGAUCCCCAAAACUCAAAUGAAACUUACAGGCAUAAACUUUAUGUUUUUCUAGCUAAAUUUAUUCUCUUCAAUAAGAUCGAUUGUACAAAUUUUUGAAACAACCUUGAAAAUUCAUUUGGAAUAAUAAAGAAGUGUCUCUAGAGUCAGAUAAUACUGACUUCAUGACUGAUACUCGAUUUUACACACUCCACCAUUCCAGAUGCUAUAUUGCAUAUAGGCCCUCAUCUGUGAAUAUAAAGUUUGAAUUGGAAAGGAUAUUUUGGCACCAAAAUGUAGCUAAUCUGCCUAAAUACCUUGAGAGAUGCUUGAUUUAUACCAGAAUAAAGUUCAAAACGAAUUAGUGCUUUGGGUAUGCGUACGAAUUAGAUAUUCCAGAAUUAGAUGUAUGAACAUUUGAAAGCCUACUGUAAAUUACGUUUUUAAUAUUUAUUUCAAUUAAUUAACAGGUAAAUUUAAUAUUUAACUAUGGCUAAUUAAAUACCAAACUAUUAUAAUAUACACUAAUAUCUUGUUAAUUAUAUUUUUUAUUACAUUUAUGUAUUAUCCUCAUUUUUCUUGUGGUAAUACAGGCAAAUGGACAAUCCACGAUGACAAUGUAAUGUAAUUACACAUUUGAUUAAUACUUUUAAUAGUCAAAGGGUUAAAACAAGCUCUUAGUCAUUAAUAAUAAGCUUUUGUUCAUUUCUUGCUUUUAUGUUGAUUUAAUUAUGCCACAAUUUUACACUGUUACUAUACUCCAUUUACCAUAAGAGCAAUAAAUGUUAUGAUGAUAAUUUAAAUUCUUAAUCAGUAUUAAAUUUAUAAAAGACUGCUGUUAUGUUAUCAAAAGUCCAAAAUAAUUUUUGGAAACUAUUUUGUAGUUAUUGAAUGAUAAUAGUCCUUAGAGAACAUACAUUUAGGAAUAACAUGACUGUGGAUUGAUUUUUAUUUCUGAUGUAAUUACUGUAUUAUGCUUCAUUAAGAAAAAUAAACAUUGCACUUUCAGAGGUCACAUUUUAAAAUGUUGUAAUUAAUGUGAAAAGUUUUGUUUUACGUUAUUCCUACUUUCAGGGAACAGGCUUUUUACUUUUAAGGCUUCGUCCUGGUUCCAGAAUGAAACAUUUCGAUUAAAAAAAUAUUAUCUAAAAGUACUGAUUUAAACUGUACAAAUUCAAUUUUUAAAAUCAAUUCAGUAGUAAAUUUUACUACCUACUUAGCUUGAGCCUUCAGAAGGAAAAUUUGACAAAUAUUCCAUGCCUUUGAUUACUACAUUGAUUCCAAUGCAUGGAUUGUUGCUUUAAACAUACAGUAUACUCAAAAAUGAGUUAUAAUAAUACAUUUUUGAAGACAAUAGUUCUUUCUCAUAUUACUAGUUUGUCUAUAAACUUUUAAAUAAAAGUGUCUUUUCUAUUCUUGUGAAAUAAUUUUACUUUUUGUAAUGUUCCAGCCUAUAUAUUGACAUUGAUCAUAUUUGUUCGAAUUUAUCUGCACAAGUAUGUUUUUAGAAAAAAUCUCAAACCCUAUUUAAUCAACAUAGCAUCUGCCUAGAUUUUAUUUCCUGACAGAUACCUUUAGUAUCAUACCAGUCCUUAAACAAUGUAAUAUCUAAUGAAAAAAUCUUUUUUUUGUAAUAUUUUUAAUGCCUUUGACAUCUCAAAUGCUGCAUUGAAACCCAUUCUCAUCUACUUUGUUAUUGAAUCAAUACAUAUGUGUAUAUGUAUAAUAACUUUUUUAUACAUUAUUUUACACCAAAGAUUCAGUAUCACACUGAAGAAAAUUAAUGUCAUAAUAUGUUGCCCUACGUGGUAGAGUUUGUCGUACUUUGAUUGGUUUUCCACCUAGGAGAGGGAAAAAUAAAAAUAUAUUUGUUAAAAGCGAAGGAUGUCAUUUUUUGAUAAAUGUUAUUGGACUAAAUAGAAUUAAAAGAUAUCUGUCAUAUGUUUACAUGAAGAAGAUGAAGUUUUACUGUAACCACUACAAAUUAAUAUUGAAAAGUGUAUAGAAUAAUGCAAAUAUUUUAUUGUAAGUACUUACUUUUGAAGUGAAUUAUUUACAGGUGUACAUUUUACUUGUACUAUAAAAAAUAGGGCACAUUAUUUUUUUUAUUCUGUCCAAAAAGAUUAAACUCUUCCAUUUGCUAAUUGAAAUUUCUAUGAUAGCUGUAAUGCAGUCGGUUUAUCACUUCCAUUGAAUUUAAUAUUUAUUCAUAUAUCAUAAAUGAAGGAUAUAUUAACAGAGAAUUCCCAGGAACAAAGCUAGAUUGUAUGAUUAUUUGUGCCUCCUUCAUUACAUAUCAAUUAUUGUUCAACAAUUACUCUAAAUACAAUAAAACGUUUUCACUAACAUCCCAAAAUAAAAUCUAUACAAAUAUUAUUUCUCUCUUUUAAAAAUUUAAACUUCAAUAAAUUACUUCACACAAGUACCAGGAAUAGAAAAGACACCUACAUAACAUAGAACUUACUAUAAUUUAUAAUUUCUUUACUGCAUGUAUUUAUCUCCUGUCCCGACUGUGACUAAGUGUUGUCGAUUAAGUGGGAACAUAUCACAUAACAACGGGAAGGUAGGAUCCUUGACAUUGCUCAAUCCUGGGACCUCUUUAUGGAACUCCACCAUAUCACUGUACAUAAAACAUAACCUCAAUUCCCGACCUGCCUUCUUGCUACUUAUGUAUAAAUAUGUAAAUAUACGAUUAUAUUUUUCCAAAUGAAGAAGUGAUAUUAAUUUUUGUUUUGUUUUUUUAUGAAUUAGUGUAGUUAAGACAGUUAUAUAUUGAACUUAAAAUAAUUAUAAUAAUCUUGAUUAAUGGUCCGAGUUUUUUGUAAAAUUUAUUUCUACAAUGUACUGUCCAUGAACUCUGUCCAAACCUACCAGAAUAUUCUGCAUUUGAAAGCCAGAAACUUAAGAACAGUAAACAAAAUGCCCAUAGACUUGUUUCUGACCCCUUGAAGGAUUCGAGGUAGUGGUUAUAAGAAUUACUCUCCUUGCGAGUAUUACGCUCAUUGCCAUUGAAUGUCCAGAUCAUCCUAAUUCAAGUUUUAUACUCUAUUAUAGUACGUGUAAUGGUUACAUUGAGUUGAAUUGGUAAAGGACUUUUUAUCUAGUGACAUGGAUUGGGGGAAACCAUACUCGGUACAAUUGUGGAAAUGGCUCUUUGAAGGAAUCGUUCUAGGUUUUCUGGUACACUGUCAACAGAUAUAAACACAACUCAAAACGUAAAAUAUUCCAGCCUCCCUAAUGAGAGACAUCUUCAGUCAACAAAUGUGGAGCCGGAAACUACUCAUCGAGUGGCUGGCCACCUUAGAUCACAAUAACUUUACAAAACUAACAUGCAAAAUACCUAAAAUUCUUUUAUUACACUCCUGUUUAUCUCUGUAGAAGGCUUAGAGAUCUGCUCUCAGGUGUAGAUGCUCAUAUAUGUCUCCCACUAGAUCAUGGUGCUGUCCAUGCUAAAAUUUUGGGAGGGAUUAUUUUUCCCUAUGGAUUUAGAUCUAUUGAUUCCUCUUUUCUAUCCCACAUGCCAGUAUGUAAACCCAUUUAGAAACAGUCUGGUCUUAGUGAGGGAAAAACUGUGCAAACUCACUUUAGAACAAUCUAAGGAAAGUUUUGAGGUUAGUCUUGGUACCUCAGAAAUCAAAUUCAGAACCUCCAACUAUGCUAUCAAAGUACAACCCCACUUUCAGAUUAUUGGGAAUAGAUCUGUGAGAAAUGUGAUUUUUUUGGAUGGAGGGUCACCAGUUUAUUUUCUUGUGGAGACACUAUAAAUAAUACAAUAUUGUUCUGAGAAAAAAUAAUAUUGCUGUUACCACCAUGCUGAAUUCUCUUUAUGUGAUUGUAUUCUUGUUGGAGUCACUUGAUUAGUACAUGGAUAAACUGAACAUAAUUCUCAUCUGGACAAGGUGAUUAAAAUCCACCCAGGCUGUUGAGGUCUGGUAUUUAGACUCUUCCUGAGUCCAAAAGAUUCCAUUUAAGUGCUUUAAAGCACUACUUCUCUCUCAAGUACUUGGUAAAUAGUUGUUCUCCACAGUCAUGAAAUGAGAAUGCCAAGCCUUAAAACCAUUUCAAACCAAAGCACCAUCUGGAUCCAAAGCUUACAACUUUUACACUAUUACUGUAAUGUACCAAAUGCAAAUUCUAUAAUUAAGGGAGGGGAAGAAGAAAUAAAGUGCUGUCUUCAUAAUCUGUCCAGGACACAACUGAAUAUCCCCAUUUACCUUCUAUUCAAUCCUAACCUCAAAAUGUAUGUCAAGGUCGACUGGUCCAGAAACAGAAUCUACAGAAUAACGAACUUUUUUCUAGAGGGGAACAUGAGAUCUGCAACUGAUCUUAACUUUGUCAGCCGGAGCAAGUGACAAAAGUGUACAUACUCAGUUUAAAGGCAAGUCCCUGUACAGACUUAAGAUAAAUGUUCUCAUCAGCUCACCAACAAAAGAAGAUAACCAAAACAAAAGCAAAAUAACCCACAUUGCACCAACUGGGUUCCAAAAUUUGGUAGUACACCUCCUUGACUCAGUUGAUGAGUAACAAUGGAAAUUCCAUGAUGAGCAAAUUGGCAAAAUUAAAAAAACCCAGUAAACUUUGUAUUCCAUAAUCCUGUAUGGCUGCUUUCUUGGGGAGAUAGUUUACCAUGAGACUUUUCUUCACCAACACUCUGCUAAAAGCACUUAAAAUACAUCAAGUAUUAUAUUCACUUUCCAAAAUAAUUAAUAGUUUUCUACAUGUACUCUCUUUUUUCCUCAUAUCAACUAUUGCCUGGUCACUCUAGAUAACCUAAUCUUUAUAGUAAGUUGUAUUUACUUAAUCAUUACAAAUGACAUUACAUUAAAAGAAAUUUCAGUUGAACUCUUCAGUGAAACAUUUCUGUUCAUAAUGUGUUGAAAAAAAAACAAAUUUUGGAUACAACUUACAGUGAUUUGUGUUAGUUCAUUUUGUAAUUUUGAGUAAUCUGGUGUAAUUUGGGUAGAGUUCUUUUGCAUAAUGUGUUUCCAGUUAUUCACAAUUCUUUAAGAGUAAUUUGAAACAGUUUCUAUGAUUUUCUGCAGCAUUAAUGACAACAGUAUAAAUGUUAUGAGUAAUAUAUUUUCUCUACUUAUUCUACUGUUAGGAAGUUUUAGACCGAAAUUAACACUUAUACUAAACUCUUUUCUCUUCAUGUACUUGCUGUUUAAUUUUAAAACACAUUUUUGUAGUAAUCGCUUAAAUUGAACUUCACGAUUUUUAUUCUGUUGAAGUUGGAUAUAACACAAUUUUCUUUCAAGGAUAAGUAAGUUGUUUUUGAGAAUUCACCUGUGUAAGGAAGAGGGGGAGGAGACCCCUUCUAUUCACGAGCUUGUACAGCUAUAUGUUCACAUGUAACAUUGUGUGUGUUCCUAAUGUCGAUCAAUGUUGACCUCAUGUUCUUGUGGACGUAGUUUUGGAAUUGUUACAGUGUUACGGUUGUGAUUUAUGUUAUGUAUAUACAGAGAUGUAUCUGUUGUUCAUUGUUACAGUUACACUAAAGCAGAAAACUCAAUUAUUUUUAAAGUUGACUCUUUGCUAGUCUAAGUCCUUUAUGUCAAAAAGUGUAAGUAUUUUUAAGGCAUCAGUUUUUUGUUUGUAAAACAGUUACUGGAUUUAAAAAUAAUAUUGUGUAUUGUGGUAUCUGACCAUAGUAUUAGGUAUGAUUUCUUGAAGAAUUAGAUUUCUUACAGCUAGUGUUUUAGGUUCGUGUUCAGCAAUAUACUUUAUUGUUAAAUUCAAUUAAAUUGUACCUAAUAAAACAUGAACAUCAUAUUUUAUUAUUUGGAUUCUUAAUUGUUCUUGAAAUGUAAGAAAUGUUAGUAGACCUAUAGACAAAAUAUGAUCCUCUGUUAUCGGUUCAUAUCUUGGAUUAACUGUGUUUAUUACAUAAAUUAAUUCAAUAACCUUUUUUAAUCAAUUAGGUGUGUGAAAUCAGUUGACUGAGUUUGAAAUUGUUUGAAAAAUAUUAAUAUUCUUUUGUACUUAAUAUUCUGGAAAUAUGUUACUUUUAUUGUCAUUUAACUCUUAUUCUCAUGAUGAUAUGUAACGGCAACUUUAUGUUAAGUUGUCAUUUUUACUAAAUUGUGGGGUUAUGUUCCAAUUGCUGACAAUAUAUAGUGUAAAUUCUGUAUAGUUUUCAGCUUAUUAUAUUUUAAAUCUACUUUAUUACAAUUUUAAUUUACAUUUUUACUAAAUUUAGGUCAAAAUGAUCAAAACUUAUUAAAGAAUACCUUAAGACAUCACAUUAUAAUUUUUUUCCUUAUUUAGCUAACUUGUUUAUGAACUAAAAGAAACAAAGUGUGAUAAACAAUAAAAACUAUGCAAAAGCUAAUCAUUUUUUGGAUUCUUUAGUCAGCCGUUGGGUGGUUUUGUGUACUUCAAAAUCCCUCAGAAAGAAACUUUUCGUGAUCAUGGAUUGUGUACAAGAACAGACUCAAGAAUGUAGCCAGGAAAUUUUUGGGGGGCCUCCCCCGGAAACAUUAACAUUUUUGAAUCUUUCAAAUAAGCAAAAUAGUGAAUUUAGCAAAAAAUUAUAUGUCUCUGAAUAGAUUGUACUGACGAUUGAAAUUCAUAAUUGUGGAGGCACUGCAUAAGUAAGCUGUUUAGGAUUAAUAAUUGAAAUUUAUUAGACUUAUGUAGGUAGUAAUGUAUUUACAAAAAAUAUGCUUUUAUUGUCUGUAAAAACACAGUGCACUGUCUACAAAUCCACUGAGUAUUGAUAAUAUGUAAAAGAGUUUUUACAAAAUUAAAAUUCUUCUUGACUUCUGAGCCAUUGCAUCUAGUACUUACCAUGGAGAUACUGAGAUUUUCCUGUAGUGGAUAGAAAGUAAAGGCAAGUUCAGUCAACCACUCUUUCCCCAUUUUGUUCCUUAAAAAAGUUCUUGACCCAUUUCAAAGUUGAGAACGAUCUUUCAUCAGUACAUGUUAUUAAUACUGAAUUAUUUAAAUAAUAAUAAUAAUAGUUUGCUAAAAUAAGUAAUUGAAAAAGUUCAAAAUUUAGGGGGUCUUGACCCCUUGGAUCCCCUCGCUGGUUACAUCCUGGGAUGAGUUAAUUUACAAUCAAGGAAAAUUAAAAGCAUUAGUAACAAUUCUUCUUCAAAAAAUCAUAUUUAUUUUUUAAGAAAGUUAAAUUUUUUAAAUUUGAAUUAAUCUAGGCUAUCAUUUACAAAAUGUUAACACGUGUCUUCUGUUCCACAUUUUUAUACCUAAAUGUGGUUUUAUUUUCCCACAAUACUUUUUAAAUCAAAUUUAACUCUAAACUGAUUACACAGUAUAACCACAAAAAUGUGGAUAUUGUUAUAUUAUGAGUAUAUUAUGGUUAUAAAAUAUCAUGAGUUCAAUUUAAGAAUUGUAGACAAUAUCAAUAAAGCAUUCCUAUGUUAUUUUUGUUACGUAUUUAUUCUAUAAUUUAACUAUAACAUAUUCAGAACAAAUCCAGUUGAUCUGCUUUACAAACACCUAUCUUAUCCUGUCACUGUUAUUGUUAGUUAUGACUCACUGUGAUUCAAUUAUUUGUAAGUUUGUAUAUAUUACCUGUAAUACUUACUUUCUAUGGAACCCUUACACAAUGUUUACUGUACCUAUAACUUAGUACGAGCAAUGGUAUAAAGUAUUAUUCUAAAGUCUAAUAGUUGCGUUAGUCAUGAUGUGUAUAAAACUUUAUAUUUAAGUUGACGUGUCCUUGUGAUUAAAUUUAGACUUUUAGAGAUUUUGUGAAGUUAAGGAAUAUCCUCAUUGUUAUCUGCUUCUAGAAGUGAAGUGAGGAAUUAAGUCAGAAACAUCGAUUUAACAAAAGGAUAAUAGGUAUUAAUUAAAUAAAAUUCAGAGAUUUACUUUACAGUUUCCUGUUUCCCUGUAUUAACAUUUUAUGUUGAAUACAUUUUUGUAACUGAUUCUCUUCUUAAAGCUUACUGAACAAUUUUCCUCAGUCUGAUGAUAUAUAUAUAUACUCUUGGUUACGUUUCAAAAUCUUAUUUAAUUUUUGCUACCUACUUCAAAUCCACAUAAUCUUACAAAAUAUUUGCACGUGUGAUAAACUAAUGCACUUAACUUAACAAUACUCUCUAAUUAAAAGAUUUCUUGUUCGUUAGAUUUAAAGUUAUGAAACCAUAAUUACGCAUCAUCAGGCUGUUCAAUUGUAGAAACAGAGUUUUUUACCGCACUGUACAAAGUGAGUGAGGUUUUCUAGUUUUUUUAGUGAGUACCGUUUCUGUUGAACCUCGUAGUGUAAAAUGACUGUGUAGGUUAGUUGUAGCUCAAGACUUUAUUUUCUAUACAGUGUCCCGUGUUCCUAAAUGUAGUUAGUUACCUUGCAUACGCUUAAUGUUACGUUACGUUGAUUUGUCAAAUAAAUACUCUAACUUAUCUCGGCUGAGCCACUGACAGAUGUGACAAUCUUCGAUCGAUUACUGAUUAGACUAACGAUUAGGCUUAGUUUUGUAUUCUGAGCCUUGGCAUGUUGUCACAUUUGUAUCGUAUUGUAUUGUAUUUCACUUCUUGUUGAACAUGUUGUUGUAUUAUAUUGGCCUCCAAUGGGGUUCUGUAUACAAGAAAGCUUUAAGGUUCACUGAAGGAUAGAAUUUUUGUAUUUCCCUCUAUACAUGUGAUGAAUCUAUUUCUUUCAAAUAUACUAUAUUCUUCUGUA